AUGAUUGUUUACGUUCCGGGUAGAAUGCCAAAUCAGGUAAACCAGUACGGAGCGGCUCGAUACCCGGGUCUGCUAGGAUCUCCAGGAUACUACAGCCCAGUGUCAACUUACUACCAUCAGGUGAACCAGUUCCAGCCUAGUAUUUACCAGGAUCUUAGCUGGCCGUACAGAAUGCCAACGGAAGACGAUUUGAACGUGUCGCCUCCGGGAGCUAUCAGUUUGGGAGCUUCUCCAAUGGGCCCGGUUUCCGCGGGGCCUGCUAGUCCAGCUCACAGCGAUUCUGAUGCUUCUAAUUCUAGCUUGGAGCUUGGCUCUGUCAGGAGGAAUGAAAACGCUCAGCUAAAAUGCAGAUGGUCUAAUUGCGGAAAGUGGUUUACGUCACUGGAGCACUUGGCAGGACACGUAGCGAGGUCUCACUCGGCCCCGGGGCUCAGGGGCCUCUUUUACUGCGGUUGGGAAGGAUGUCCUCGAGGAGAAAGAGGAUUCAAUGCAAGGUACAAAAUGCUGGUCCACGUUCGAACUCACACCAACGAGAAGCCGCACCACUGUUUCCAGUGCGACAAGAGUUUCAGCCGGGCAGAGAACCUAAAAAUCCACGCCAGGUCCCACACAGGGGAACGCCCCUACGUCUGCCCGGUCGAAGGUUGCAACAAGGCCUACUCAAACUCUUCGGACCGCUUCAAGCACACAAGAACCCACUCCGUGGACAAGCCCUACUGCUGCAAGAUUCCAGGGUGCCCUAAAAGAUACACAGACCCAUCCUCUCUCCGCAAGCACGUUAAAACCUACCGCCAUUACGUGGACAAACCUCAAGUCUUUGAAGAAGUCACCCCUGAAAAGUCUGAUAAGAAAAAUUCAAGCCUAGAGUCAGUCGGAAGCAGCCCCUGCGAGGGUUCCAGCCCCUGCGAAGGCAGCAGUUUCGAGGAACAACGCAAGCUAGUCGACUGGAAGAACUCCUACAACCUCCUCCAGGAACAGGCCACGCCUUUAGCCACGCCCCAGGUCACCCCACCGAAAAGCUUCGAAGUCAUCAGCACCUAUCCCCGAAUUUUCGACGAGUUCCGGACUCCAGAGCGGCUUCAGGGUCCGGGUGCAGGUUUAGAGCCAAGAAAUUCGACCCCCAUAAAAGACACGCCCACUAUUUCCAUCAAUCAGAAGGUCGACUACAGAAACAUUGACUCAAUAGUCUCCGCCCCUGUUCGCCAUUCCGUGAUCCGCAGGGUCGAUAAAAUGGAGGUCGACCCCGAUCCUGAGCCCUGUUGCCGUCAUAAAUGCUGCGUUCACAGCGACCAGCUGCUCAAGAAGACGAAAUUACUAUCAGAUCUGAUUUUCAGGACACAAGACCCUGUUUUUAGGCAGCUUUUGGGCCAGGUAGACCUUAAAUACGAGUUACAGGGAAUGUGGAGCAAUUUAGGGGUCACCGACACGCCUCCUCUCAGGGUCAGAGAAGAAUCGCAGGAACUUCCUCUAGAUCUCACUGUCAGCAAGUGA